GAUCCCAAGGGGGAUCCAAAAAACCUUAUAACACAAGGAAGUACAGGAGACUCUGCUCAAACAACAGUGGAAAAGAACGAUGAUCCGGUAAGCAUUGACAACAACGGAAAACCUGGAAGUCCUGCUAUUUCGGAUAUGAAAGUUCCAUCCAGUUCAAAAAGUAACACGGUGGAUUCACCAACCACUAUAAUGGUACGAAAUCCCGACGAAAAACAUGCUACAACACCAAAAACACAAGAAAAUGUUAAUAAUCCAAUAGCAUCACCUGCAUUACCAAAGGAUCAAGUACAUGUUACAAAUAAUACAGAAACACCAAAUGGAACACCAAGCAAACCUGAUUCCAAUCCACCUACAACCAAACCUGACGUCCCCUUCGACAUCAUCCCAUAUAUCCCCCUUAUCCCUGUAUUGGUCGGAAUAAUCGUCAUUAUUUUCCUUCUCAGUAAGUUUUUUGGAAUUUUUGGCAGAAGAAAGAGAAGAUAUAAAAAAAUACAGCAAAUAGAAGGGAAACCUCCCUUCUUGGAACAACACAUCCUAGAUCACAUCGAACAUGCACAAGAGGAAGCUCCAUGGACUCAGGAUGGGGACACACGGUCUUAUGUGUACAGAAUGAUUAAAAAACGCCAACCCCGAUUUACGCAAAAAGGGCAUCUAAAACAGACUGUUAACCAACGCCGCCGCAAGACAAUCAUUAUUGAUAUCCACUUGGAAGUCUUAGACGAAUUCCAAACACAAGACCGAGAAUUAACCAGGGAAGAUUUUCUCCAAAUCAUCGUGGACGAAUUCAUGCAACACGAACGAGAGUUCCUAGAAGGAAAACAUACAGUGGGUGGCCAUUCCUCCAACCAUGAUUCAUGGAGAACCGGUUCCAUAGAAAUGAAUAUGCGUAAUAGGGACGAAAUAGGAAUAGAGAAGAUUCUUCCAUGGAACGUACAUGGGAACGUAAACUCGAACUUAAACUGUGACGUAAAAUUGAACACAAACUGGAUUGACUGGAUACAAAGAAAUAAAGGGUUUUUGGAAGAAUGCAAACAUCAACCUUGGUUCCAUGCCUUAAAAGCCGAAUGGAAACAAGAGCAGCACGAAUAUAUACAGCGGGAAUAUGGGAAGAUCGAGGAAUCCGGGAAAAUGGCAGAAUCAACACAGAACCCAUUAAGCGCAUUCCAUGAGAAGAAUGAUAUUCCAUUCAUAGAAAUGCAAAAGGGUUUGUGGAGACAGUGGGUGUCGAAGCAACAUAAACUUAUGGACAUGUACAAGGAACAAGAUUGGUUUAUGAAUUUGUUGAACGACAUAGAAGAGAAGGAAGUAGAAGAAGUGCUAACAGUGGAAGAAGCGGUAGAAGUGGAAGUAGUAGGGGAAGAAGAAGUGCUAGGAGUGGAAGAACUAGAGAAGCAACAACUGUAUCAAGAAUUCCAUAAGAGAAAACAAUUAGUAGCAAAAUUAUGGAUGCUUAUCCUGGCAUUGGUAAUAGAAGAAUGCGAAAUGGAAGAUAACAUUCAUGACAAAGAGUUAUAUUUGGAUAGUUUAUUACAAAAUUUGAAACCAAAAGGGUAUUCUGGUGAAAAAACAUAUAAUGCUGAAAUGAUAUGCGAGUCAAACGACAUUUUUGAAGGAAACAAAAAUAAUGAAACAGAUAAAUACAAAAAUGAAGAGUGGUUUAGCCAAUUGAAUGAUGAUUUCAUAAACAACGAUGAUAAUACAUAUAUAUUAUCUAACAAAAAUGAUCUAGAUAAACCAGAACUAGUAUUAGAAAACGACAAUACAUUAUAUAAUGAUACAAAUAAGAUUCCCAAGGAUGUCGUACAAAUGGAAUCAACAGAGAAUACCAUUGAAUCAGAUUUCUUAAAUGUAUCGACAAGUAAUGAGCGAAAAUUCGUAGAAGCAUAUAAGUAA